GCAGACCCAUCGCCUCCGCAACUCGCUUUAAUAUCGAGUCCCUCACGACCUCAUCUAUCCUGCUCUGCCCAGGCCUUCGCGCCCGAUAGCCGCCACUUGUUCUUGGUUUUGCCCAUUCGCUUUCAUUUACGUGUUCCUGUCCUGGGCAGGUGUCUCCACACGUGGGGCCCAGCAUUGCCAACUUAUACUCGGCGCGGGUAGCCGCAUGAUGUGCGCGGUACCAAGAGCAUGAGUUCCAGUCCGGCUCGCCCCUCGACCACCUCGUCCUCUUCGACCAGAUCGCUGCUGUCCAGACUCAAGUCCCCCCUGCAAUCCAAGACCCGCAACUUCGCCGACUUCUACAUACAACCCGAUGACCCGCACCGCCAGUACACGCCCGGGGAUCUCAUAACAGGAAGUGUCAUUAUCAAGAUUCUGAAGCCGUUGAGAAUAACACAUCUGGUUAUUUCGCUGCAUGGCUAUGCUCAGGUCUUCAAGAACCCGAAUUCUCCAGGCGAUGCAUAUCGGAACUACACCAGCACGGUAGGGUCGGGGAAGGGGAAGAAGAGUGGGAGCUACUUUGGUAAUGGGUUCGCCUCUCUUUUCGAGGACGAGGCGGUACUUUGCGGCGAAGGGAGGUUAGGGGAAGGCGUGUAUCACUUUAAUUUUGAGCUGGAAUUCCCCUCAAAGGGUCUACCGAGCAGUAUUGAUUUUGAGCGUGGGACCGUAUCCUACAUGUUGACGUCUACAUUAACACGUCCAACUACCAUUUCCCCAACGACAUCAUGCGACACGAAAGUCUACCUUGUGGACACCAUUGACAUCUCUUCCAUAUCGGAACCAAAACCCCGAGUAAUAUCAUUAGAGCCAAUAUCAAGAAGGGCGCGUACUGCGAAAGGCGUUCGCAGACGUGCCACCAUUGCCGAGACUUCCCAACAACCCGAUAAUUCCGAAUCAACCACGCGUACUGGGCGGGUGUCAGAGCUGAAUAGCGUGGAAGAAGAAAGCGACACCCCCGGAAGCCCGGCACCGAGCGAUGUUAGCUUUGAAAGUCAUUUGAGCAGUGGGGGAGGUUCUGGAACUGAGUACGGAAUCCGUUCAGUCAAUACUACUGAAAGUAGCACUCCGAACGGGAGCAGGACAACCCUGAAGGGAAAGACUAUCACCGCAACCAUCGAUGUGCUAAAAGGCGGAUUCCUACGGGGCGACCAGAUACCUAUACGAAUAAUGGUUCACCAUACGAAACACGUGAGAAGUUUGAAGGGUAUCAUUAUAACGCUAUAUCGACAGGCUAGGGUAGAUAUGCACCCCGCUUUACCUGUAGCAACAAACAGCAAGGGCGAUAAGACAAAAUCCGAGGAUUACUACCCAAAAUCGAGGACAGGGCUCGGUGGCCUAUCUCUAUCUUCAGCGGGAUCAAGUCACCUCUUCCGAAAGGACCUGUCUCAAUCCUUCGCACCACUUUUUGUUGAUCCCCGGACGCUAUCUGCCGAAGUCAAAUGUGCUGUACGAGUCCCUGACGAGGCCUUCCCCACAAUAUCUAACGUUCCCGGUGCAAUGAUCAGCUUCAAGUAUUUUGUCGAAGUAGUUGUUGAUAUCCAAGGCAAACUCACGGGACUGGAUCGCAUGUUCCCGAACGCAGGUUUGGUCAGCGUCCCAACUACAUAUGGUGGUGCUCCGGGUUUAGGCCGGGUCGAAGACGCCACUGGGAGCAUGUUUUCCACAUGGGGCGGCAACUUUGCCGACACUGACGCGAUACGGCGUGAGAAAGGUGUGAUCUCGUGCAUCUUCGAGGUAAUCAUCGGCACCAAGGAUAGCGAGAGAAACGGUAAACGGAAACAGCAAGCGCAGGAUGCUGGGUUUGACUCGCAGCCUGGUGGUGUACACGAGAUCCCUCCUAGUGGUCCCAACGAUGAUCAGCAUCCGUCCGGCGGGACUGAUCAAGAAUAUUAUCGGUACGAGGAUGGGCAGUACUAUGAUGGAUAUGGAUACGAUGAGGCAUAUCAAGGCGAAUACUAUGAAAAUCCUGGGUAUCGGGAGACGGGUGCAUUACGACCUCUUUAUCCCCCGCCGAAGGUAGAAAACGAAGAAGAAUUGUCGGAGAAGGAGCUAUUAAGACGAGCAGAGGCCCGUCUUCUGCCGUCGCAGCCACCAGAUAGCUCAGGUCCCUCUUCUGUUCCGACAAACCAACAGGUUAUUCUUCCAUCUGCACCAAUAUUACCGGAAGACGACGAUCCCAAUCCGCCUUACUAUCUGCCAGAGUCGUCGUCCUCGUCACGGCAUCCUCCACCUUUCGCCGCAGGGCCCACCUCAUCGUCUUCUCUCCCCUCUCCGCCUUCUUGUUUGACGCAGCCACUUAAUGACGAUACCCGAACAACGACAUCAUUGCUCACCAUCAACACCAACCCCCAGCUAUCUUUAUCAUCCCGCAACGAAUUUCAUGCCAAACCCCUCCCCUCCCUACCGUCAGCCCCACCAGCACCUCAGUACUUCCCUUCCGCGUCAUCCUCAUCGCACGUCCCGCCUACAGACGACAAACAAGAGCUACAACGCCGCAGACUAGAAAUGGAGCGGAGUGCGCCACCAGAUGAAGACUUUGAUCAAUCCCAUGGCCCGCCUGCAAGACCCUCGGCGCCGCCUACUGCAGGUAUGCAGAACAUGACGCUUGCACCGUCGGCACCGGUGCUAGAUGAAGAUGAUGAGGGACUUGUCGGGCCUGUGAGGAGUAGUGGAAGUGGUGAGGAGACAGGGAGGAGAGCUAGUGAGGCGUUGCCGAUUUAUAAACGAUGAGUGACUGCAUCGGUGUUAAUUUUCACGGGAGUUAAGAGAAGCGCGCCCAACAUAAGACGUAUUUCUAAGCGGUGAGGGGGUUUCAUGGCAUGCUUCUUCUUCUCCUUAGGGUUUUCUUGGGUUAUGACUUUUUAUUGUAAUUUUUGGACUUGGACUUGAGCUUGGGCUUGGGGCCGGGUUAAUUGAAU